AUGAAGACAUUCAAAUGCUGUUUUAAAUACCCAGCACAGCAGAAAGUUUUCGUCUUAUUUUUAACUCUAUGGCUGUUCUCCCUGUUGAAGCUUCUAAAUGUGAGGAGACUCCUCUUCCCUCAAAGAGGCAUUUACUUGGUUGAAUACUCCCUGAGUACCUCACCUUUUGUAAGAAACAGAUACACCAAUGUUAAGAAUGAAAUCAGGUAUGAAGUUAACUGUUCAGGUGUCUAUGAACAGGCACCUUUGGAAAUUGGCAAGAGUCUGGAAAUAAGAAGGAGAGAAAUCAUCGACUUGGAUGAUGAGGAUGUCGUGGCAAUAACCAGUGAUUGUGACAUUUAUCAGAACCUAAGAAGGUACCAUCAAAAGCCUGUUUCAAGGGAGGAGAGAAGCUUCCCGAUAGCCUAUUCUUUGGUUGUUCAUAAAGACGCAAUUAUGGUUGAAAGACUAAUCCAUGCUAUAUACAACGAGCACAAUAUUUACUGCAUCCAUUAUGACUAUAAGUCACCUGAUACCUUCAAAGUUGCCAUGAACAAUUUAGCUAAGUGCUUCUCCAAUGUUUUCAUUGCCUCCAAAAUAGAGACAGUACAAUAUGCCCACAUUUCCAGACUCCAAGCUGAUUUAAAUUGCUUGUCAGACCUCCUCAAGUCUUCGGUUCAGUGGAAAUAUGUUAUCAAUCUGUGUGGGCAAGAUUUUCCUUUGAAGUCAAACUUCGAAUUAGUGUCAGAGCUGAAGAAGCUCAAUGGGGCAAAUAUGUUAGAAACGGUAAAACCCCCUAACAGUAAAAUGGAAAGAUUCACUUACCACCAUGAACUAAGACAGGUGCCUUAUGAAUAUGUGAAGCUACCAAUAAGGACAAACAUCUCCAAGGAAGCCCCCCCUCAUAACAUUGAGAUAUUUGUUGGAAGUGCUUAUUUUGUUUUAAGUCGAGCGUUUGUUAAAUAUAUUUUCAACAACUCCCUCGUUAAGGACUUUUUUGCCUGGUCUAAAGAUACGUACUCACCUGAUGAACAUUUUUGGGCUACCUUAAUUCGGGUACCAGGAAUACCUGGGGAGAUUUCUAGGUCAGCCCAGGACGUGUCUGACUUACAGAGUAAGACCCGCCUUGUCAAAUGGAAUUAUCAUGAAGGCCUUUUGUAUCCCCGUUGUACUGGCUCCCACCUUCGAAGUGUGUGUAUCUACGGAGCAGCGGAAUUAAGGUGGCUUAUAAAUGAUGGACAUUGGUUUGCUAAUAAAUUUGAUUCUAAGGUGGACCCUGUCUUGAUUAAAUGCCUGGCAGAAAAGCUUGAAGAACAGCAGAGAGAAUGGAUUACUUUGUCUUCAAAAAAGUUAUUCAUGGCUAAAAGUCCCAUAAUCACAUCAUGA